AUGCGGGGAGUCAGAUCUCAACAGCUCAUGGGUCAACUUCCAUCUCAUCGGGUCUCACCAUCUCUCGUCUUCGAGAACACUGGAGUCGAUUACGCCGGUCCAGUGUCUCUGAAGUUCUUUCAAGGACGCGGUACCAGAUGCUAUAAGGGCUGGAUCGCUGUCUUUGUCUGUCUCUCAACAUCAGCCGUUCAUUUGGAGGUUGUCACUGACUACUCCAGUGAAGGCUUUCUCAAGGCAUUCCGCCGUUUCACUAGCAGACGGGGAAUUUGCCGCACACUUCGAAGUGACUGUGGAACAAACUUCAAGGGUGCUGAUCUCAUUCUCAAGCAACUUCUCACCGGUGCUCUCAAGGAAUCAUCUCAUCUACAGCAGCAUCUCGCCAAUGAUGGAACCCAGUGGCCAUUCAACCCACCUGGGGCUCCUCAUAUGGGAGGAAAAUGGGAGGCUGCAGUAAAAUCAAUAAAGUAUCAUCUUCAGCGAACCAUUGCUGAUACACUUCUCACCUAUGAAGAUUUCUCAACUUUUCUCAUACAAGUUGAAGCUGUUAUCAAUUCUCGUCCUCUCAGCGCACUCUCAGAGGAUCCGGACGAUCUCACUGCGCUCACGCCCGGGCAUUUCAUCCGAGGUGCUGCCAUCAACACCAUUCCGGAACCUAAUCUCACCGCAAUCUCAACCUCAAGACUAUCUCAUCUGCAACAUAUUCAAGAACGCUUACAGCAUUUCUGGGACCGGUGGUCUACAGAAUGCUUACAAUCUCAUCAAUCAAUCUCAAAGUGA